CCGCUCGUGUGCACUGUUGGGAAAUGCGUUUUUCCUCUCUUUCUUCUCCAUAUAUUAAUGUCUUUGUCGGGGAGCGGGUUUUAUCGCCUUCAGACCCCUCUAAUACAAAAUUGAUGCUUAUUUUUCCCUUCAGGAGGGGGACGCUUUGAGGAUAAUCAUGCUUCACAGAAGAACAGCACCGACCUCCAGUUGCUUUAAACACAACCUUCUCUACUAGUGCUCCAGAGGAAAAAAAUUAAAAAAGGCGAAAGGAAUGCAUACUCUGGAACCUGCAUUUGACGAUCCUCACCACAUGCACUGAAUAUCCUCUGAAGUGAUUCUCUCCUGCUUUUGAAUUUUCACUGCUUCAAGACGCAAGAUUGCCACAAAGAAUUUCCUUUUUCAUUUUUUUUUUACAGUCAAAUAGGAUUUUUUUUUAAAAAAACUCAUACCUCCACGUUUACCCCCCGACCCUUAUUCUUCUUAAGUGGAUAUGCAAGCAAGAAGAGGAGACUGGACAUUCCCAACAUGCUCUCUCCCUUGAUCUGUCCGUCCAGAGGUUCUGCUUCUACAAACAAAGGGAGUGUAAGAGCCGAAGAUGAGGCCCAGAGUAGAGUGCUACUCUCCAAGGUUUUGGCUGGUGCUGGCUGUCCUCGCAACAACAGGGAGCGGGGCCCAUGCCCAGAAAAGCCACCCGAGCAUUGGCAUUGCAGUCAUCCUGGUGGGGACCUCAGACGAAGUGGCCAUCAAAGACGCCCACGAGAAAGAUGACUUCCACCACCUCUCAGUGGUGCCCCGGGUGGAGCUGGUGGCCAUGAAUGAGACAGAUCCCAAGAGCAUCAUCACCCGCAUCUGUGACCUCAUGUCAGACCGGAAGAUUCAAGGGGUGGUAUUUGCUGAUGACACAGACCAGGAAGCCAUUGCACAGAUCCUGGACUUCAUAUCUGCCCAGACCCUCACUCCCAUCCUGGGCAUCCAUGGAGGCUCCUCUAUGAUCAUGGCAGAUAAGGAUGAAUCAUCCAUGUUCUUCCAGUUUGGUCCCUCAAUAGAACAGCAAGCCUCUGUCAUGCUCAAUAUCAUGGAAGAAUAUGACUGGUACAUCUUUUCCAUUGUCACUACUUACUUCCCUGGUUACCAGGACUUUGUGAACAAGAUCCGCAGUACCAUUGAGCACAGCUUUGUGGGUUGGGAACUGGAGGAGGUCCUCCUGUUGGACAUGUCCCUGGACGACGGGGAUUCAAAAAUCCAGAACCAGCUCAAGAAGCUCCAAAGCCCUGUUAUUCUCCUCUACUGCACCAAGGAAGAGGCCACCUACAUUUUUGAGGUGGCCAACUCUGUGGGUCUGACAGGCUAUGGUUAUACAUGGAUUGUGCCCAGCCUGGUGGCAGGGGAUACAGACACAGUGCCAUCCGAGUUCCCCACUGGGCUCAUCUCUGUCUCAUAUGAUGAAUGGGACUAUGGUCUUCCUGCCAGAGUGAGGGAUGGAAUAGCCAUAAUCACCACGGCUGCUUCUGAUAUGCUGUCUGAACAUAGCUUCAUCCCUGAGCCCAAGAGCAGCUGUUAUAACACCCAGGAGAAAAGGAUUUACCAGUCCAACAUGCUCAACAGGUACCUGAUUAAUGUCACCUUUGAAGGCAGGAAUUUGUCAUUCAGUGAGGACGGAUACCAGAUGCAUCCCAAGCUGGUCAUCAUCCUUCUGACUAAGGAGAGGAAAUGGGAGAGGGUAGGACAUGUGGGGAAAUGGAAAGAAAAAAAGUUGCAAAUGAAGUAUUACGUAUGGCCCCGCUUCGAGCUGUAUCCCGACUCUGAGGAACGGGAGGACGAUCAUCUCAGUAUUGUGACCCUCGAAGAGGCACCAUUCGUCAUUGUGGAGAACGUGGACCCCCUCAGUGGCACCUGCAUGAGGAACACAGUCCCUUGUCAAAAACGCAUCGUGACCGAGAACAAGACUGAUGAGGAGCCAGAUUAUAUGAAGAAAUGUUGCAAGGGGUUCUGCAUUGACAUCCUCAAGAAAAUCUCAAAGUCUGUCAAGUUUACCUAUGACCUCUACCUGGUCACUAAUGGCAAGCAUGGGAAAAAGAUCAAUGGGACAUGGAAUGGAAUGAUUGGAGAGGUUGUCACCAAACGGGCCUAUAUGGCUGUGGGAUCUCUUACCAUUAAUGAGGAACGUUCAGAAGUGGUGGAUUUCUCUGUGCCCUUCAUUGAGACGGGAAUCAGUGUCAUGGUGUCACGUAGCAAUGGAACUGUCUCACCUUCUGCCUUUUUAGAGCCAUUCAGUGCUGACGUAUGGGUGAUGAUGUUCGUGAUGCUGCUUAUAAUCUCUGCAGUGGCUGUCUUCGUCUUUGAGUACUUCAGCCCUGUGGGCUAUAAUCGGUGCCUUGCUGAUGGCAGAGAGCCAGGAGGUCCCUCUUUCACCAUUGGCAAAGCUAUCUGGUUGCUGUGGGGGCUGGUGUUCAACAACUCUGUGCCAGUGCAGAAUCCCAAGGGUACUACUAGCAAGAUCAUGGUGUCUGUGUGGGCCUUCUUUGCUGUCAUCUUCCUGGCCAGCUACACUGCCAACCUGGCUGCCUUCAUGAUCCAAGAAGAAUACGUGGACCAGGUGUCUGGCUUGAGCGACAAAAAGUUCCAGAAACCUAAUGACUUCUCGCCCCCUUUCCGCUUUGGGACGGUUCCCAAUGGCAGCACAGAAAGGAACAUUCGCAACAACUACCCUGAAAUGCACAGCUACAUGGUGAAGUUCAAUCAGAGAGGGGUGGAUGAUGCACUAUUCUCACUGAAGACUGGGAAGCUGGAUGCCUUCAUUUAUGAUGCAGCAGUGCUAAACUACAUGGCUGGCAGAGAUGAAGGCUGCAAGCUGGUAACCAUCGGCAGUGGGAAAGUAUUUGCCUCCACUGGCUACGGCAUUGCCAUCCAGAAGGAUUCAGGCUGGAAACGCCAAGUUGAUCUUGCUAUUCUACAGCUUUUUGGAGAUGGGGAGAUGGAGGAGCUGGAAGCACUGUGGCUCACUGGUAUUUGUCACAAUGAAAAGAACGAGGUUAUGAGCAGCCAGCUGGAUAUAGAUAACAUGGCAGGUGUUUUCUACAUGCUGGGAGCAGCCAUGGCCCUCAGUCUCAUCACUUUCAUCUGCGAGCAUCUCUUUUACUGGCAGUUCCGUCACUGCUUCAUGGGUGUCUGCUCUGGCAAGCCUGGUGUGGUCUUCUCCAUCAGCAGGGGUAUCUACAGCUGCAUCCAUGGUGUGGCCAUUGAGGAACGCCAGUCAGCAAUGAACUCCCCCACAGCGACUAUGAACAACACCCAUUCCAACAUCCUUCGCCUGCUUCGUACAGCCAAGAACAUGGCCAACCUGUCAGGGGUAAACGGCUCACCGCAGAGUGCCCUGGACUUUAUUCGCCGUGAGUCAUCAGUCUACGAUAUCUCUGAGCACCGUCGCAGCUUCACCCACUCGGACUGCAAGUCUUACAACAACCCGCCUUGCGAGGAGAACCUCUUUAGUGACUAUAUCAGUGAGGUGGAAAGGACCUUUGGCAACCUUCAGCUGAAGGACAGCAAUGUGUAUCAGGACCACUACCACCACCACCACCGCCCCCACAGCAUUGGCAGCACCAGCUCCAUCGACGGACUCUACGACUGUGACAACCCGCCCUUCAAUGCCCAGUCACGGUCCAUUGGGAAGAAGCCCUUGGACCUGGGGUUGCCCCCUGCCAAGCACAGCCAGCUGGGUGACAUCUAUGGCAAGUUCUCCUUCAAGAGUGACCGCUAUGGGGGCAGUGGGGCCCAUGAUGAUUUGAUUCGUUCAGAUGUCUCUGACAUUUCCACCCACACGGUCACCUACGGCAACAUUGAGGGUAAUGCGGCCAAGCGUCGGAAGCAGCAGUACAAGGACAGCCUGAAGAAGCGCCCAGCCUCUGCCAAGUCCCGUCGGGAGUUUGACGAGAUAGAGCUGGCCUACCGCCGGCGACCACCUCGCUCACCUGACCACAAGCGCUACUUCAGGGAUAAAGAAGGGCUACGGGACUUCUACUUGGACCAGUUUCGGGCAAAGGAGAACUCACCACACUGGGAACAUGUGGACCUGACGGAUAUCUACAAAGAGAGGGGAGAUGAGUUUAAGCGUGACACGGUAGGAGGAAGUGGCGGGUCCUGCACCAACAGGGCACACCACAAGCAUGGCUCGGGGGAAUUCGGUGGAGGCAACGAGCACAAGCAUGGUGUUGUGAGUGGAGUUCCAGCGCCUUGGGAGAAGAACCUUACCAACCUAGACUGGGAGGACCGGUCUGGGGCUAAUUUCUGCCGUGCUUGCCCUUCUAAAGUGCACAACUAUACCCCAGCGGUGGUAGGGCAGAACUCCACCCGCCAGGCCUGCAUCCGGUGUGAGGCCUGCAAGAAAUCAGGAAACCUGUAUGACAUCAGUGAGGACAACUCUCUCCAAGAGCUGGACCAGCCACCUGCCCCCGUGCCCGUGGCCACCAGCGCCACCUCCUCCUCCAAAUAUCCUCAGAGCCCUUCCAAUUCUGCCUCCAAGGUGCAGAAGAAGAACCGCAACAAGCUCCGUCGGCAGCACUCCUAUGACACCUUUGUGGACCUGCAGAAGGAUGAUUCGGCCCUGGCACCCCGCAGCGUCAGCCUCAAGGACAAGGGCCGCUUUUUGGAGGGCAGCCCCUAUGCCCACAUGUUUGAGAUGCCAGCCAGUGAGACCACCUUUGCCAACAACAAGUCCUCAGUGCCCGCCACCAGCUACCACCACCACAACAACCCCGGCAGCAGCGGGGGUUACAUGCUCAGCAAGUCGCUCUACCCUGACCGGGUCACUCAAAACCCUUUCAUCCCCACUUUUGGGGAUGACCAAUGCUUGCUCCACGGCAGCAAAUCUUAUUUCUUCAGGCAGCCUGUGGUGGCAGGAGGGCCCAAAGCUAGGCCAGACUUCCGAGCCAUCGUCACCACCAACAAGCCGGUGGUUUCAGCCCUUCAUGGGGCUGUGCCAGCCCGUUUCCAGAAGGACAUCUGUAUAGGGAACCAGUCCAACCCCUGUGUGCCUAACAACAAAAACCCCAGGGCUUUCAAUGGCUCCAGCAACGGGCAUGUUUAUGAGAAACUCUCCAGUAUUGAGUCUGACGUUUGAGUGAGAGGGGAAGAAUGCGGGGAGGAAC